AUGGACGACAAGGCCGCGUGGCGCCAGGUCCGGAUCACCGGCAGCGAGGAGCAGAGGCAGGAUGCCCUGAAGCUCCUCCUGGCAGAGGUUACCCACGCCAGGGGCGAGGACGGAACCAUGCUGAAAGAGGCCGCCAAGGACCAGCCGAUGCCACCGCGUCCGCCGCCGCCGCGCCCGCCUCCGAGGCGGCCGCCGUGGCCCCAGGGACGGCGCGGGCCAGAUGCCGGGGGCGAGCGCCGCGGCGGCGGGGAGCGCCGCGGCGGCGCGCGGAGCAGCAACCCGGUUUGGGUCCCCAUCGGCCGUCUGAACGCCCCGUACGGAAGGUCGACUAGACGUAAGUCAGGAGCGAAAGAAUGA